AUGUCUGACCGGAUCUUCUACAUUAAUUCUAACUUGUCUUCUGUCCCCUGGGAGGGCAGCACAGCAGCUGUGGCUCCUGUUUCUCCUCCCACACCUGGCUACUACCAUGUCCUCUACCGAGGGUGUGGAGAAACCCGGGUGUGCUGGCAUGGGGAGACGUACUGCCUGGUUGGAGGCUACCGGGUCUAUGGGGAUGCUCCUGUGGCCACCCCAGCAAAGGCGAAAGCAGAGAAGCCAGGCCCCAGGCGGGGUCUCAAGAGACGCCGAGCUCUGGCAGAGUCAGACGAAGACCCAGGCUGCUCUGGCCCCAAAAUUCGGCGUUUACAGCAUAGUGGCAGGAGGCUGACCCACCAGAAGCUUGCUGGCUGAGCCACUCUAUGCAGAGGACAGACAUUUAACUGCCUAAGACCUCUAGUGCCUCUUUUUGCAGUGACCUCCGUUGCCCAUCACUGGAGAUAGAACCUGAGCCUUCCUGCCUGAGCCUGCCCAAGCCCCUUCCAUACCAACUGGCCAUUGGCAAGGAACU